AUGGUGGUGGGGGGUCAUGGUGGUGGGGGGGUCAUGGUGGUGGGGGGUCAUGGUGGUGGGGGGGUCAUGGUGGUGGGGGGUUAUGGUGGUGGGGGGGUCAUGGUGGUGGGGGGUUAUGGUGGUGGGGGGUCAUGGUGGUGGGGGGGUCAUGGUGGUGGGGGGUCAUGGUGGUGGGGGGGUCAUGGUGGUGGGGGGUCAUGGUGGUGGGGGGGUCAUGGUGGUGGGGGGUCAUGGUGGUGGGGGGGUCAUGGUGGUGGGGGGUCAUGGUGGUGGGGGGGUCAUGGUGGUGGGGGGUUAUGGUGGUGGGGGGUCAUGGUGGUGGGGGGUUAUGGUGGUGGGGGGGUCAUGGUGGUGGGGGGGUUAUGGUGGUGGGGGGGUCAUGGUGGUGGGGGGUCAUGGUGGUGGGGGGGUCAUGGUGGUGGGGGUCAUGGUGGUGGGGGGUCAUGGUGGUGGGGGGUCAUAGUGGUGGGGGGUUAUGGUGGUGGGGGGGUCAUGGUGGUGGGGGGGUCAUGGUGGUGGGGGGUUAUGGUGGUGGGGGGUCAUGGUGGUGGGGGGGUCAUGGUGGUGGGGGGUCAUGGUGGUGGGGGUCAUGGUGGUGGGGGGUCAUGGUGGUGGGGGGUUAUGGUGGUGGGGGGGUCAUGGUGGUGGGGGGUUAUGGUGGUGGGGGGGUCAUGGUGGUGGGGGGUUAUGGUGGUGGGGGGGUCAUGGUGGUGGGGGGGUCAUGGUGGUGGGGGGGUCAUGGUGGUGGGGGGGUCAUGGUGGUGGGGGGGUCAUGGUGGUGGGGGGGUCACGGUGGUGGGGGGUCAUGGUGGUGGGGGGUCAUGGUGGUGGGGGGGUCAUGGUGGUGGGGGGGUCGGGUGGUGGGGGGUCAUAGUGGUGGGGGGGUCAUGGUGGAGGGGGGGUCAUGGUGGUGGGGGGGUCAUGGUGGUGGGGGGUCAUGGUGGUGGGGGGGUCAUGGUGGUGGGGGGGUCAUGGUGGUGGGGGGGUCAUGGUGGGGGGGUCAUGGUGGUGGGGGGGGUCAUGGUGGUGGGGGGGUCAUGGUGGUGGGGGGUCAUGGUGGUGGGGGGUUAUGGUGGUGGGGGGGUCAUGGUGGUGGGGGGUUAUGGUGGUGGGGGGUCAUGGUGGUGGGGGGGUCAUGGUGGUGGGGGGUCAUGGUGGUGGGGGGGUCAUGGUGGUGGGGGGGUCAUGGUGGUGGGGGGUCAUGGUGGUGGGGGGUCAUGGUGGUGGGGGGUCAUGGUGGUGGGGGGGGUCAUGGUGGUGGGGGGGUCGGGUGCAGCGUCUCUGUCCCGGGAGCAGAGGAGGGUGUGGUUCUCCGACAGCUCUUUGCCAAACGGCGAGACCUCAGAGGCCCCUGCACCUCUGUCCUCUCACCAGCCGCCGUCACAGAGCCGCAAGGUCAGCUCCGAGAUGUCCCAGUGCGGAGCGCCCCCUGGUGGCAGUCCUGUGGGCAGCUCCGUCAGUCUGAUCCCAGAGGACGGUCUUCCUCCCAUCCUCAUCUCCACCGGAGUCAAAGGAGGUACGGGAGGCCCCCUCACCCCAGACUACGCGGUGGAGGAGCGGCCGGCGGAGGUGGUCCUGAUGCAGCAGCUGGAGGAGGGAGGACCGGACCCUCUGGUGUUUGUGCUCAAUGCAAACCUGCUGGCGAUGGUCAAACUGGUCAACUAUGUGAACAGGAAGUGCUGGUACCUGAGCACAAAGGGAAUGCACGCAGUGGGACAGGCCGAGGUGGUGAUCCUGCUCCAGUGCCUCCCCGAAGAGAAAACUCUCCCCAAAGACGUCUUCAAACACUUCGUGCAGCUCUAUCAAGAGGCUCUCACCGGUAACGUGCUGAGCCACCUGAGCCAUUCCUUCUUCACUCAGAGUUUUCUGGGCAGCAAAGAGCACGGCGGCUUCCUCUACAUCAGCCCCUCGUUCCAGUCUCUCCAGGACCUCCUGCUCCCCAACCCGCCCUUCCUCUUCGGAGUCCUCAUCCAGAAGUGGGAGACUCCCUGGGCCAAAGUCUUCCCCAUCCGCCUCAUGCUGCGGCUGGGAGCAGAGUACCGAUUUUACCCGUGUCCUUUGUUCAGCGUUCGCUUCAGGAAACCUCUCUUUGGAGAAACUGGACACACCAUCAUGAACCUCCUCGCUGAUUUCCGUAAUUACCAGUACACGCUGCCGGUGGUGAAAGGUUUGGUGGUGGACAUGGAGGUGCGGAAAACCAGCAUCAGGAUCCCCAGUAAUCGCUACAAUGAGUUGAUGAAGGCCAUGAACAAGUCUAACGAGCACGUGUUGGCGAUGGGAGCCUGUUUUAACGACCGCGCCGACUCUCACCUCGUCUGCGUCCAGAACGAUGACGGAAACUACCAAACCCAGGCCAUCAGCAUCCACCACCAGCCCCGCAAAGUGACUGGAUCCUGUUUCUUUGUGUUCAGUGGAGCUCUCAAAGCCUCCUCUGGAUACUUGGCCAAAACCAGCAUCGUAGAAGAUGGAGUCAUGGUCCAGAUCACCGCAGAGACCAUGGAGGCUCUUCGACAAGCGCUGAAGGACAUGAAGGACUUCAGCAUCACCUGCGGCAAAGUGGAUCAGGAGGAGACUCAGGACACGGUGCACAUCCAGUGGACGGAGGACGACCACAACUUCAACAAAGGAGUGAUCAGUCCCAUCGACGGUAAAUCCAUGGAGUCCAUCACCAGCGUCAAGGUCUACCACGGCUCAGAGUUCAAGGCCAACGGCAAAGUCAUCCGCUGGACCGAGGUCUUCUUCCUGCAGAGUGAGGAGUCCCCGUCCCUGUGUGAUCCUGCAGACCACAGCAGACUGACAGAGAGUGUGGCUCGUUCCUUCUGUGUGGCUCUGUGUCCUCACCUGAAGCUGCUGAAGGAGGACGGCUCGGCCAAACUGGGGCUGAGGGUCACGCUGGACUCAGACCAGGUGGGCUAUCUGGCGGGCAGUAACGGCCAACCCCUCCCUCCUCUGUACCUCAGCGACCUGGACUCCGCCCUCAUUCCCAUCAUUCAUAGCGGCGCGUGUCAGCUGACCGAGGGCCCCGUCGUCAUGGAGCUCAUCUUCUACAUCCUGGAAAUUAUCUCAUGA